AACACAAAAGUACAAAUUGGCUCACAAGGACCGUCCGAUUUAUGGCCACGUCACCUAUCCGCGUGAACCCGCGUUUCAGCGGCUGAGAUCACUGGUUGCAGAGCUACUGGUAGAGCGAACCAAGAAGCUCCUCUCUCGUCCCUCUCUCUCUCAUCCAAAUCCCAAUUCGUUUUCCAGACAAAAACCAAGAGAUUUUCUCUAGGAAGUUGUGUGAGGUUUGUUUAGAGAUGAAGUUUAUGGAGGAAGUUGUGGAGGAAAACGAAGUUAAGCCUUUGACUGCUGAGCAAUUGGAGCAAUAUGAGUCGGAGUCUGAGUCUGAGUUAGAUGACAGCCUAGGCGACGAAGAAGAGGAUGGUGAUGAUGAUGACGAGGACGACGACGACGACGACGAUGUGGACGAAGACGAUGACGACGAUGAGGAUGAAGACGAGGACGAUGACGAUGUGCAGGAGGUCGUACAGUCCUCUGGAGGUCCUCCAGUUCAGUCGGUCGAUGACGAAGACGAUGAGGAUGAAGACGACGAAGAAGGUGAAGGAGGUGAUGAUGAUGAUGACGGCGAGGGAGACGACGACGACGACGACGACGACGAGGGCGAGGCUGAAGAGGAGGAUGAUAUAGGAACGGAGUACCUCGUCCGGCCAGUAGGGCGUGCAGAGGAUGAGGAAGAUGCGAGCGAUUUUGAGCCAGAAGAGAAUGGAGAAGAUGAAGAUGUGGACGAAGAAGAAGAUGAGGACGACGAUGCGGGUGGGAAGGUGGAGGCUCCUCCAAAGAGAAAGAGAUCAUCAGAUAAGGAUGAUUCAGAUGGUGAUGAUGGUGGAGAGGAUGAUGAGAGACCCUCCAAGCGAUAGGGCAGGGCCCCUUGUCCUUGGUUUGAGGACUGACCAUUAACAAAUAGGUCAAUCUCCCUCCUCACUCACUCUCUUAAACUCAUGUCCUGUUUGUAGAAAGAAAGAAGGAUACGAUGCGUCCUGAAUUCUGUGCUACCCUUUUUUUUUUGGUUGCUGUAGUAUCAUUGUCAUGGUCAGUAUAUUUCUUAGGGUUUACAAUAUUUUGUUAAUGCUUAGUUAUGUCAGUCAGUGAAUUGUGUGGUGGUGGUAGUGGUAGUGGUAGGGCAUUUGAAAGAGGUGGUUUUAGAAGUUAUGUAAGUUUAAGGAACUUGGUUAAGGCUUGUAGCUUUAAAUACUCUCUCUCCCUCGCUCUCAUUUGCUAGGUUGUUCAUUUGCAGAUUUCCUUAGGUAGGACCCCCUUCCUUUUGCUCUUAAUUUUUGGUUGGUUGAAUUGAAACUUGAAAGGUUUGGUAAAAUCUCAUCUCUUGAUAUAUUAUGGAAGAAGCAUCAAUCCGCAUCUUCCCAUCAUCUAUUAAUAUUUUCCUUUUUAUUUUA